AUGGCCGUUAACAAGAAAGAAAAUCAAAAACCUUGUCAAAAAUGUGGCUCAACUAAUAUUGGUCGAGAAAAAACCUACCAAGAUUUUAAAGACACUAAAACAGGAAAAAUAAAGGAAAUUCACACUGCCUACCUCUAUUACUUCGGUUAUAAUUUUGCUGAUGAAACAUUUGAAAUCGAUAAAGAACAACCUCCUACCGAGGAAGAGAUAGGAAAUGAAGAAUUAAAAAUAUUAAGACUGCUUAGAGAAAAUAAUUGUUCUUUUUGUAAUAAAGAAGUAAAAAGGCUAGAAUUGGCUGGGUUUAUGCAUGAAAAUUACAAUCCUGCCAACUUAGAAAAAAAAUGGGGAGCCAUAGAUAAAAAUAGUCAUUAUUAUAUCUCUUAUUCAGAUUAUUUAAAAGCAAUGGAAGUAGUCGAAACAGAAGAAGAUAUUUGCUCAACUUUGCCUAAUUAUCCUAAAAAGGGUAAAGAAAACAGCGAAGUUUUUAACGAUUUUGACAAAGAACAUAUCACUAAAUUUAAGAAUGAAACAGAUAUCAAUACUUGGCGACAAAAAAAGAAACUUUACGGAAAAAUAAGCGAUGAACAAAAAUUUUUUAUUUUAGAAUAUUUGUGCUAUUUACGGGAUCAUUAUUCCCGAGAUAGCAAUCAAUAUAAGCAAUUCCAAGCAGAGCAAGAAAAAGCCGAAGAAAGAAAUGCUAUUGAAAAAACUAUUGAUGUUUUAAGGGACAAGUACCGGAGCAAAACCCAAAAUAUUCAAAUAAACCGAGAUAAUCAAGACCGGAAAAAAAUACCGGAUGAUUUACCGGACAAUCAAGAGGAAAAAAAGAGUGAAGUGGUUUACCGGCUAGUAGGAGGAAUAAACUCAGUCAGGGAAAAGGAAGUCGCUCGCAAAGACAGUGACCAUUAUGGACAAGUAUUUUACGAACUGGAUGUGGAGGAGAGAAUAGAAAAUGAUAAGGAAAAUAUAAAGACAAUAUACGUUUUUGAGGACGUGAUCGUCACUGAAAAAGAAUUACAAAAUAAAUUACAAAAUUGGAUAAAAGAAAAGAGAAUUUCCCGGCAGAAUAUAAAGGAAAUUAUCGAAAUAUUAGAAAGAAAAUUAGGUAUUCCGCCAAGCAAAAAACCAAUUGAAAAGAUAACGGAACACGAGGAUUUUUCCAAGGCCAAACCUUUAAUAAUGGAAACAACCAACAAUAACAUUUAUCGAAAACUGCAAGUCAUUCAAGAUCAAGUAGGAAGUUUAUUCCGCACCGAGGAAAACAAAGGGCAAAGAUACUCUUUUUUUAAUGAAAAACAAUUGUUAGAAUUAUUAAAACCGGAAUUAGAAAAAAAUCAAUUACUUUUUAUACUAAGUGAUGAAGAAAGUCAACCUUUAAUUCACGAAAAAGAGGGUAGCAUCCAUUAUUUAAAAUACUUAAAAAGGUUGGAAAUAAUAGAUAGCAAUAGCCCAAAUAGUCGCUUAAUUUUUAAGUUCUGGGCUUGUGGACAAAGCAAUGAUUUAGCCAAGGCCAAGGGAGCAUCAGAAACUUACUCUACUAAAUACAUAUUAUCGAAGUUUUUUUUAAUACCGGUCAAAGAUACUAGUGAUCCAGAUUACCAAGAAAAAGAGGCCAAAGAAACAAUCGAUAAAGAACAAAUUGAGAGAUUAUUAAAUUUGCUGGAAAUUAAAAUCCAAAACUGGCAAAAAGAAAAAAAUACCAGCAAGCCCAACUCUUUUACCAAGUUUUUAAACAAAAUAUUUGGUAGUUACAACUUAAAUGGUGAAACUACUUUAGAUAAUUUCCUCACCCGGGCCUAUUUAUUAAAUGAAAAAGAUAGACAGGGGGAAGAAAUGAAAUGUAACAAAUGUUUAAAAACAAUUCCCGAAGGGGAAGAAGUAACUGAAUAUGGCAAUCAUUAUAGAACUCCCGAAGUUUACGAGUGCAUCAGAUUAUUUUAUAAGAGGGUAGAAGGAGGCAACAUUACCUACUACAUGCAAGAAAAAAAAUUACAAGAUGCUCUAACUUUUACUAUUAGCGAAAAAGACAGACCGGAACAAAAAGAAAACAUCAAAAGUAGCGAGAAAAAAGUAGUAGAAAAGACCAAACUAAUAGACAGAAUUAAAGAAAUUAGACCAUAUGAAAAACAAUAUGGUCAAAAAACUCUGAAAAGUUGUCGAAUAAUAACCGAAAAAGGAGAAAAAUUUAAGGGAAGUUACGGAAUAACAUAUGAAUUCGACUUGGAAAAGACGGGAAAAUACUGGCAAUUAGAGGGAAAAACAAAAUACCAAGAGGUGAUAGAGAAAGAAAUCAUAUGUAAUAAGUGUCGAAAACAAAAAGAUAAAGAAGUUAAAAUCACCGAAAAUAAAGAAGCCAAAAAACAAGAAAAAGAAGAACAUAAAUGUUCUGAAUCUGAAUGUGAUAAAGAAGCGGAACAUCAAGACCAAGACAGUAAGAAAUAUUACUGCGAUGAGCAUUGGGAAGAACUAAAAACCGAAGAAAAGGCAGAAACUCCAAAAGAAUCGGAAAGCAAAGGAGAAACUAGUCCUAAAACCAGGCUAAUCCGUAAAGACGGGCAAAUUGCCAAAACUAAACUGCGACAGGAAACGGAAAAUGCUCGACUGGCAUUAAAACAAGAAACUGAAAAUGCUCAACGGGCCUUGAGACACCAAACCGAAUUAAAAAUUUUAGAAAUAGACAGGCAAACCAUUCUCAAAGAAAUUGCUUAUGACACUGAAAGAUUUAAGUUGGAGAGUGGUUUAGGUGAAAAAAGGGGUGAGCCUGAAUCAGAAGUGUCAUUAAAAAUUCCUGGUGAGCAAAAUUACCUCGGAAAAAAGUUAGAUUUAAAUUUACUUCAAAAUAAGGUUGACCAAGUAAAAAAGGUAGGAGAUAAAUUUAAUCAAUUUACUAAGUCUGCCAGUGAUAAAAUUGACGAGAUUACUGAAAAAAUAAAAAAACCAGUUUUAAAACCUCUGCCAGUUGAAUGUUCUUAUCAAAAUCGCUCCUUUUUAGGAGAAUAUCCCUGCCAAAAAUCUUUUGAAAUUAAAUAUAAUCGUGGUUAUGGCGGAUAUGUUAAAAGAAAUAUUUGGGGCUAUUGGACAGAAAAAGACGAGGAUAAUGAAAAAUAUAUUUGUAAUACUUGCUUACUAAAAAUUUAUACUCCCACCCCUUUAUCUUUGGGUGAUGUUAGAGUAGUUGAAACUACCACUUUAUCACCUCUCCAAAGUCGCCCUCUUCCCCCUUUUCGCCUCUCUAAAUCCGUUCCUAACACUCCCCUCAAUAAUUCUUACCAAUCAUCUUAUUCGCCAACUUCACCUAUUAGUGAAAUAAGUGAAGAAGCAAGUUAUUAUGAAAGUGAUAGAGAUAAAGCAAACUUAGCCACUCUCCAAACCGAAGGAGAAAUUAAAGAUAACAAAUUACAAGCAAUCACCCAAAAACUUCACCAAUCGAUUCAAGUCAAUAAAACAUUACAAAAAGAAAACGAACAAGUUCAUUUAGAAUUAAAACUUACUAGUUCAGACUAUUUGGUUAAGGAUGAACAAUUUCGACAUUUGACAGAAAGACUAAACAAAGAAGUAGAAAACAACAAAUCCCUAGUAGCCGAAUUAGAAAAAAUUACUCAUAAACAACAAGAAUUAAUUAACCAGUUAUCUCGUUUAAAGAAUGAUAAAAAAAUAGAUGAAAUUGAAAGGGCUGAAUUGGAACAAUCGCUCUUGGAACAAGCCGAAGAAUACAAAAAGCAAUUACGGGAGUUAAAAACCAAGCACAAAAAAGAAAUCCAAAAUUAUCGUUUGUUUAAUUCUUUGGAAAGGGAAGAUGAAGGAAGCAAAAAAUAUAAAAGAAAGACCUUGGAUUAUGGAAUGUUAUCUCGUUAUAGCAGUAUUUAUUCAGACCAUAACCGAGCCUCCUCAAUGACUUCGUUUCCACAAAGCCCUACUUUGGAUUUUGAAAUAGCAUUAAAAACUCCUAAAACGGCUAAAUCUUUACAAGAAGAAUUAAACGAUGCCAUUUUAAAUGAGAGUGAAAAAAAUUUGGAUACUACUCUUAAUAAUUUGAUGGGUGAAAUUAAUCAAGCAAUAGAGAUUUCCCCCGAGGCAGUUAAAGAAUUAGAAGACCGUAUUCUAAACUUAACUCAACAACAAGAAGCCUAUCAGUAG